AUGAGCCAAGAAAAAAUUGAAAUCUUUGAAAGUGAGUCAUCAGAAGGAAGGAGAAGGCAAUUGACAUCUGAUUUUAAUAUUAUACAGAAGGCUUUGAAGGUUGAAAGUGAGGGAUUGCAAAAACCAAAGUCAGAACUUAGAUGCCUUUAUAACGAAAUUCAAAGUCUUCCAUCAAAAGACAGAGACUAUUUUUUAAUAGCAUAUAACCUGCUACAAAGAGAGAAUUCUGAAUUAGAAACAAAGGUCUUGAAGGUUUCACAAGAAUUUGAACAAUUAAAUCAUUUUAUUGUAGGGAGAAAAACUGCACGUGCUAAUUUAAUUACAAGUGAAAAUAUCUGUAAAGAUCUUGUGUCUAAACUACCAGUUUUGGAAGUAGAGAUUCAAAGCCCAAAGGAAGAGAGAGAGGAACUCUGUCCUGAACAAGGAGAAAGUAAGCAGAAGGAAGUUGCAGAGGAGCCAGUAAAGGAGGACACUUUGCCAAGAGAGAGGCAGAAGGAGGAGGACUCACCACAGAACCAAGAUAUGAAGGCUGAAGGACAGCAGUUGACCUUGAAGCCUGAGGAAAUCGUGAGGCUUAGAGAAGAGCUGACCCUGCAGUCUCAGAGCUCGGGGGAUAGUUCAGAUGAUAGUAGUGCCCAGUAUCCAUCAUCUGGAGAAAAACUGAAAUACCAGCAGCAAGAGGAUGUACAUCAGCUUUGUCAGAAUUUUCACCGGCUCCAGAUUCUGUGCAACUCAGCUGAAAAAGAGCUCCGGUAUGAGCGAGGGAAGAACUUGGACUUGAAACAGCAUAAUAGCUUACUUCAGGAAGAAAGCAUUAAGUUCAAAAUUGAACUAAAGCAGGCCCAGCAGAAGUUAUUAGAUAGCACAAAGAUGUGCUCUUCACUCACAGCAGAAUGGAAGCACUGUCAGCAGAAAAUCAGGGAACUGGAGCUGAAGGGACUCAAACAGGCUCAGAGCAUUAAAUCACAGAACAACCUGCAGGAAAAGCUGGCUCAGGAGAAAUCAAAAGGUCCUGAUGCAGAGGCAAAGAUUUUGGACCUGUAGCAGAAAUUAGAACCUGCUCAAAAAGUCUGUCUCUCUGACACUUGUAUUUUGGGGAAGAAGCAACUAGAGGAAAGGAUAAAAGAAGCACUGGAAACUGAAGCUAAAACAAAGCAAAAAUAUCAGGAAGAACAGCACAAGAGGAAACUCCUGGAUCAGAAUGUAAAAGAGCUACAAAAGCAAGUGAGAAUCUUACAAGAUAAAGGGAAUCAACUGGAAAUAACCAGUUCUCAGCAACAAUCCAGAAUCCAGCAACAGGAGGCCCAACUUAAACAACUGGAAGAUGAAAAAAGAAAAUCGGAAGAGCAUCUCAAAAGCAACCAAGAAUUAUCAGAAAAGAUAUCUGUGUUGCAGCAAGAGAAGAAAGCGCUCUGUGAAGAAUAUGGGCAAUUUUUGAACCAGCUUGAUGUCCAUGUGAGGUACUAUAACAAGAAACAUCACCAUCACAAAGUCAAGCUUCGCAGAGUUAAGGACCGUUUAAUUCAUGAAGUAGAACUAUGAGAUGAGAGAAUUGAACACCUGGGAAAUGAAAUCAGAGGUCUGCAUCAGCAAAGGGAAAUGGAGAAGGCAUUCCAGGAAGAGGUCACUGCUCAAAAUGAUAUACUGCUCCUAGAGAAAAGGAAACUUCUGGAACAACUCGCAGAGCAAGAAGAAUUAAUCCACAGCAACAAACGGGUAAUAUCUUCAGUCCAGAACAGAGUACUUCUUCUGGAUAAAGAAAAUAGGCAAUUGCAGGAAACUACUUUCCGUCUUACACAGCAGGUUGGCCUCUUAGAGCAUAUCAGAAGGAGCAUCCGGAUUCACAGAGAGGAGACAAUUUGUGACAUCGCUGAAUUGGAAUUAUUGAAUAAAAUCUUGCCCUUACCAAACUCCAGUUUUUCAGGAACAGGUUUAGUAGAGUCGGUUGGAAGUCUUCAAGAGAUUAAAGAACAUACAUCAGAAGCAGCAAUGGCAAACCCCAAGUCUCCCGACUCGACUCUUUCGUGUUCACAGAAUUCUGAAGCUGGAUACACGAACGUGGCUUUUCUGAAAGAGACACACUGUAUCCAAGAACAAGACCAAAAGUCAGACCUAUAAAAUCACUGAUGGCUAAGACUAAGAUGGAUCAAAGCUGCUAACUUAAAGCUUGGGCAUGAGGGUGGAACAUGACAUGGAGAAGAGUUACCACGGAUCCCCACUGGACGUCAACCAGGAGUCCUCAGAAUUGCUGAUAAAUUCAUUAAACCAGUUUUAAAAAU